AUGUUAAAAAUAUUCAGAAACCUAUCACUCAUAUCAAAAGAUGAUUUUGAUUAUUCUCUAUAUUAAUGUACCUCUAGUGAAAAUAGUGAUGUUCCAAAACCAAAAUACAUGAAAGUACUAUCAAUUUUUAUGUAGCCAAUUAUCGAAUGUCUCAAAGGUUAAGAUUAAAAGAUUUUACCAUUAGAUGCAUUUAAUAAAUUCUACGAUAUCUUAUGUUAAAUCCAAUACAACAAAUGGAUAAGUGCUUUAAAGAUUGCGUAUGUCCUCCAUUACUGCUUAGAAGUAUAUUCAAUUUUUUAUGUAUAUUAUCACAGAAAUAAUGCAACAUCUUUGUUGAUGCUGUCUGCAAUAAUCAUCUCUAUGAUAAAAUCAAAAAUAAGUAACAAAAGAAGUCAGAAGAUCCAAUUGCAUAAUUACAUAUAAAUAUUGUCCAACAUCUCUUUUAAUAUCUGUAAAUUAGAUAUGAAAAUUAUCUGUUUUUCCUUAAUGCUCUCUCUGAUUUCGAAGAAAAAGAAGAAUAUUAGAAAACUUUUAUUAUCCACAAGAUUGUCUCCACAAUCCAGGUUUUAGUAAAAAUUCACAAAGAUUUGGACAUUUCUUUAACAAAAUUUUAAAACAUAGAAGUGUCUAAGUAUGUCUGUGUAUAACUCCUAAAUGAUCUCUUUUUUUUCUAUCCUAAAGUUUAAAUCUACUUAUAAUCUCAUAUUAAUCAUAUGAUUCAUAUGGAAAGUGAAUAAUCUUUAAAAUUAUAUUAAGUUUACACUGAAACACUUAGGCUAGGAAGAAGUGUAACAUAAAUGGUAAAAUUAUGUAAUGAAGUUGCAACAAUUCAAUCCUACCCUCAACUUUAAUUAUUCACUGUAGAAUAAAAUAUUAAUAGAUAAAUAGAGUUACACUUUAAAGAGUAAAAAAGGCAACCUAGUCCCAUCAAAUUUGAUAUAAUUAAAUUUGAUGAUGAAAAUUUUAUAGAAUAAUAUAAAGACGAGUAAAUCAAUACUCCUAAAGUACUUCAACAAUUUUAAAAAAUGGUAACCUAACUAACUGAAAAAUUUGAUAAUUAAGAACCAGAACCAGAUUAAAUUGAAUUUCGAAUCUCUCAUAGACCCAAAACUGAAAGAUAAUAAUAACAUUUUAAAGUUAAGAAAUCAGAAUCCAAUGAAUAAUCUAUGAUAUAAUCUGUUAUAUCAACUUCAGAUAAUGUUUCUAGUAUUAGGAAUAUCCAUUUUAGUCAUCAAAAUAGCUUUAGAAAUGAAUUUUUCACCUAGUCUGAAAGCCCAUUAAAUUUUAUUGAUUUUUCUCAUUAGCAUUAACAUUAAACCAAAAAGAAACAAUGA